AUGCUCAAUUGCAUCACCGACACCGUCAAUGUUCACCAGCUCCUCCCGACGUCCCUUGACCUCAUGGUUCGCAGGAUAUUCCCCGGUCAGAAUGUGGCGUUUGGGUUGAGUCUGUUGCUCUUCACGUUCAUGUUCCUGCCGACGCUGGUGAUGCUCUUAGCCGUCAUCGUGUUCUUUGCAUUCUACUAUCCGAGGUUGAGGAAGUUGACGGCUGUUCACAACGAUCACUAUGAGUGA